CUGGUCAUCAGUGUUAGCUGAAAUUUCAAUUGAGCUUAGUUGUGAUCGGUUUUCUGUGUGUUGUGUCCGUGUUUUUUAAAAUGGUGCGCGUUUUUUUUGGUUUUCCAAGGAGUGGCGAAUGCAGAGCCACAACUACAGCUGUAGCCCCAACCAGCAAUGUCUGUCCCGCGUCUGGGGACAAUAAGCCGCCGAGCUGUCCCCUCUGGGGCUCUGUGCGCCUAACCUAUUCGAUUUGCGCGUUUAUUUCCAUGACCCUGCACGUAUCGAUGCGAAACAUGCUCGGCCUAGUGGUGCUCCGCAUGGUGAAGUCCCAGCCAGAGGAUGUGCUCCAGCUGUCAAGAACCGACAUGAGCAACAUCACAUCCACUGAGACGGCCUCCUGUGCCAGCGGCCACGUUUUCAACGACACCAAUGUCGCUGCGGAGCACGGAACUAUGGAAGACUUGGACUGGACACGCACCCAACAGCUCAUAUUUCCCGGUGCAUUCUACUACGGCUAUGUGGUAGCAUUGCCACUAGCCGGCUGGCUCUCCGACAGAUUCGGCGGCAAGCUGCUGUUCAUCAAUUCGCUGACACUGCAAUCCGUGGCAUAUCUGAUGCUUCCCCUGAUGGCGCAUCUGGACUUUAAGGCAGCAGUGGCUGUUCUCGUCGUGGCGGGCUUCUUUGGAGGCUGUGGCAAUCCGCCGCUUUACCAGCUAUUUGUGGUUUGGGCGCAUCCGACGGAGCGCACUGCUCUGCUCUCGUUCGCAUACAGCGGCCUCAUCGUUGGCUCCAUGUUAAUCUAUCCCGUUGCCGAUUUCCUUUGCACGUUCAGCUGGGAGCUGCCCUUCUAUGUGUUUGGCGGCAUCAGUUUGAUUUUUGGCAUUGGCUGUUUCUGGGUCGUCUACAACGAACUCGAUGAUCAUCCCCGGCUGUCGGCUGCCGAGAAGGCCUAUUUGCAAGCUGAACAGACCGCAGAACCUCCGAAGGUUCGGAACAUUCCCUGGACUUCCAUACUCACUUCGCUGCCGGUUCAUGCCUUCAUUCUGACGCACGCCUUCCAUAACUACGGCUACAUAGUGCUGGCCCUCCUAAUGCCGCGAAUUUUGCGCGAAUCCAUGCAAUUCACAUUGAAGGAGGUCGGCAUACUCUCUUCGGCUCCCUAUUUUGGAUGUCUGAUCUCCAAAGCCCUUUGUAUUUUCUGCUGUGGCAUUGCUGAGAAACAUGCAGGCUCCCAUCUAAACUGUUUCCGUCGCCUAUUAUAUAGCGUCAGUGUAAUUGUCACCAUGGGCUGCAUCAUUGGCAUUAUCUACUCCACCUGUAAGCAGAGGAUCCUUGUCAUCUCAUUGUACAUUCUGCUGGGCUGUGCCACGGAUCUUGGUUUCAGCGGCGGAUAUUGGCCCACCUUAUUAUAUUUUGCGCCCUCGUUUGCCGGUCUGCUCUCCGGUCUUGCCAAUAGCUUCGCACACCUGUGUGGUAUUCUGGCACCUUAUAUCGUUGCGAUCAUGGUGCAACAUGGCACAAAGUCCGAGUGGAACUCGGUUUUGUGGACAUUGAUAGUAGCUUAUACCCUCGGCGCGAUUAUCUUUGACACGUUUAGUAGUUCAAAGCUACAGAAAUGGGACUUGCGAAGCCAGGAAUCCAAACACAUUAAAUUGGAAGGCGGCGAAACACCAGAAAUUGGCUAAAUGGACGUAUUUAAGUCAAAACCAAUAGCGAUUUUAAAUAGUUAGUCUUUAUGUUUGUAUAAAUGUUAAAUUUAAGUUUUAAAUUAAAAUAAAGAUUCAUAUUAUUUUAUACUUAUGUAA